CUUUGUGCUUGUGCAAAAAGAAACCCCUCCCUCUUUGCUACUUAUACCGCCUCUCUACACAUCUUCACUCUUUUGUAUUCUCUCCCCCACAAAUGCCACAAUCCUGAACUCAAAAAAGUCUGAGAGAAUCUAAUCGAACUCAAUUUCUCAAGUUUCCUCCUCCAAGUUCCCAUCUUUUGCGUCGUCAGAACAAAUUUUACAAUCUCAAAUUCAAUCCAAACCCUAACUUUCUCUCUCCUAGGGUUUCAUUCGCAAUCUCCCCUCAAUCAUGGAACCGGAACCAAGCAACACAGGUGCCGGAAACCCUAGCGAACAUCGCAAGGAAGCUGUUACGAAGGUGCCAUCAAAGGAUCCCAAGAAGAAGGACGAAAAAAAAGAGGAAGAUCUCUCGGAAGAGGACUUGGCAUUGAAGCAGCAGUUGGAAUUGUACGUGGAACGAGUUCAAGAUUCCGAUCCUGGGCUGCAAAGAGUUGCUCUUGAGAGUAUGAGGCAGGAGAUCCGGUCAGCGACAAGCUCUAUGACCUCUGUUCCAAAGCCCUUGAAAUUUCUCCGCCCACAUUAUGGAACACUUAAGGCAUAUUAUGAAACAAUGGGUGACUCCGAACUGAAGGAAUUUCUAGCGGAUAUACUUUCUGUUUUGGCAUUGACCAUGUCAGCAGAGGGUGAACGGGAAAGCUUGAAGUACAGAUUACUGGGAUCUGAAGGUGAUAUUGGUUCUUGGGGUCAUGAAUAUGUGAGAAAUUUAGCAGGAGAAAUUGCACAAGAAUAUACAAAGCGUCAGAAUGAGGAAGACUCAAUUGAGGAUCUGAUGGAUCUGGUACAACAAAUUGUUGCUUUUCACAUGAAGCACAAUGCAGAGCCCGAAGCGGUGGAUCUUCUCAUGGAGGUAGAAGAUCUCGACUUGUUGGCAGAGCACGUGGAUGAGAAAAAUUACAAGAGGACGUGUCUGUAUUUGACUGCUGCAGCUAAAUACCUUGCUAGUCCGGAUGAUAUGCUAGUACUGGAUAUCGCAUACUCUAUAUAUAUGAAAUGUGAAGAGUAUGCUUCUGCACUUCAGGUUGCGUUGUUUCUGGACAACUUGCAGUAUGUUAAUCAGAUAUUCACAUCUUGUGACGACCUCCUUCGGAAGAAACAAUUUUGUUACAUCCUUGCACGUCAUGGUGUCACAUUUGAGCUCGAUGACAACAUGGUUAUGGAUGAUGAUGAAAGGGAGCUGUUGCAAGACAUUAUCAACAAUUCCAAGUUAACUGAAGGUUAUUUGACCCUUGCUCGUGAUAUAGAGGUCAUGGAAGCCAAAGCACCUGAGGAUAUCUACAAGGCUCAUUUACUUGAUGGCCGGGCAAGUGCUAGUGCAACUGUUGACUCUGCAAGGCAAAAUCUGGCGGCUACAUUUGUGAAUGCAUUUGUAAAUGCUGGUUUUGGACAGGAUAAACUGAUGACUGGCUCUGCUGAUGCCUCAAGUGGGAGUUCUUCAGGGAAUUGGCUUUUCAAAAACAAAGAACAUGGUAAAACUAGUGCUGCUGCGAGUUUGGGUAUGAUCUUGCUGUGGGAUGUUGAUUCUGGACUUGCACAACUAGACAAGUACUUCCACAGUACUGACAAUCAUGUCAUUGCGGGUGCAUUACUUGGUGUUGGAAUUGUGAACUGUGGUGUAAAAAAUGAUUGUGAUCCAGCAUUAGCACUUUUGGGAGACUAUAUUGAUAAAGAAGAUCCGGCUAUUCGUAUUGGUGCCAUUAUGGGUCUGGGCAUUGCUUAUGCAAACACACAGAAUGAACAGAUUCGCCACAAGCUGACUCCUAUUCUUGGGGAUACGAAGGCUUCUCUUGAUGUGAUUGCCUUCACUGCCAUUUCACUUGGUUUGGUAUUUGUUGGUUCCUGUAAUGAAGAGGUUGCACAGGCAAUUAUAUUUGCAUUGAUGGAUCGAAGUGAGUCUGAUUUAGGGGAGCCACUUGCCAGGCUUUUACCCCUGGGCCUUGGUCUUUUGUAUUUGGGGAAGCAGGAAAGCGUGGAAGCAACAGCAGAAGUAUCCAAGACUUUCAAUGAAAAGAUCAGGAAACAUUGUGAUAUGACUCUUCUUUCUUGUGCUUAUGCUGGAACUGGAAAUGUUCUCAAGGUCCAGAGCCUGUUAGGUCAUUGUGCACAACAUCUUGAUAAGGGUGAAACCCACCAGGGACCAGCUGUGCUAGGGAUUGCCAUGGUAGCCAUGGCAGAAGAAUUAGGUGUUGAGAUGGCAAUUCGUUCAUUAGAGCAUCUGCUGCAAUAUGGAGAGCAGAAUAUCCGCCGUGCUGUUCCUCUUGCACUUGGUCUGUUGUGCAUAUCAAACCCAAAAGUCAAUGUUAUGGACACAUUGAGUAGACUCAGCCAUGAUUCCGACUUGGAAGUAGCAAUGGCUGCGAUUAUCUCAUUGGGUUUUAUAGGUGCUGGUACCAAUAAUGCUCGAAUUGCUGGUAUGCUGAGAAAUUUGUCAAGCUAUUAUUACAAGGACGCAAGUGCUCUAUUUUGUGUUCGAAUCGCUCAAGGUCUUGUACAUAUGGGAAAGGGUCUAUUAACCCUUAAUCCAUAUCAUUCUGACCGGUUUUUGCUAUCUCCGAUGGCGCUUGCUGGUCUUGUAACAGUGCUUCAUGCAUGCCUCGAUUUGAAAUCCAUCAUCUUGGGGAAGUAUCAUUAUAUGCUCUACUUUCUUGUCCUUGCAAUGCAGCCAAGAAUGUUGUUGACUGUGGAUGAAAACCUGAAGCCUCUUUCAGUGCCUGUUCGGGUUGGUCAAGCAGUUGAUGUCGUUGGCCAGGCGGGUCGUCCUAAGACUAUAACUGGCUUCCAAACUCAUUCAACCCCAGUUCUUCUGUCUGCUGGUGAUAGGGCAGAACUCGCUACAGAAAAGUAUCUUCCUUUGUCAUCCAUUCUCGAAGGCUUUGUCAUCUUAAAGGAGAACCCUGAAUACAAAGAGGAGCAUUAAUUUGUCAAGCUAAGAAAGUGACAAUUAUCAAUUUGAUCAUCAAUUAACCUUGGCCUCAGAUGAUUGAUAUUAGUCCAAGUCUUAGAAGGCUGGAAGAUUUCCCUUGGAAGAAAACGAGUUUCAUGCUGCCUCCAGUGAUCUCGGUUAUGCUGAUGGAUGUUUUUGUGCCAAACUACCCAGCCAGAAAUUCUGUAGAUGGGACUGUUAGGCGUUAGCCAUGGUUGCUUGAGAUGGAUUGUUGUAAAAUUACAUGCAUUUUGACGUUUUUAGCAGAAAUUAUAGGUAGCUAGUCCUUUUUUUGCUUCUAAUUUUCAUUUUAAAUGAAAUUAAUCGUGCUGCUUAUUUUCUUCAA